AACACUUCCCCAAGUAGCCUUGGCCAUGAGAAGCAGAAAAAGCCUUGUCCAAGACCCCACUUCAGAGUCCAGCCUCCAGCAGAGGGUAGAAUGGCAGACAGUCUAGGGGACCACAGGCGGUGCCCUGUGGCCCUUUUGAUGCCCACCCCUCCCUGCCUGGCUCACUCACCUCCCUGCUCCCGGCUGCUGGCACUGCUCCUUGUCCUCUCAGGACCUUCUGAGCAGAGCAACGGGGAUGAGUGGCAGGUGCUGCAGCCCGAGGGCCCCAUGCUAGUGGCAGAAGGUGAGACCCUCCUGCUUAGGUGUACAGUAGUCGGAUCCUGCACCGACGACAUGAUAAAAUGGAUCAAGGUGAGCAAUCAGGACCAACAGGAAAUUUAUAACUUCAAACAUGGCCUCUUCCCCGGAGUGAUGCCUGUAAUCCAGAAGACACUGGAGCCACUUAACUGCGACUAUUCCAUCUAUAUCCACAAAGUCACCAGGGAGCAUGCUGGAACCUACCACUGUGUGAGGUUUGAUGGCUUGAGUGAGCACUCAGAAAGGAAGCUGGGUGAGGGCACCUCAGUGCUUGUGAAGGGAGCUGGAGACCCAGAGCCAGACCUCCGGAUCAUCCAACCCCAGGAGUUGGUGUUGGCAACCACUGGAGACACUGUCUUCCUGAACUGUACGGUGCUUGGAGAUGGUCCCUCGGGACCCAUCAGGUGGUUUCGGGGCACUGGUCUGAGCCGGGAGGCCAUUUACAACUUUAGAGGCAUUUCCUCCCCCAAUGUGACAGCGGUCCAGGCCUCCAACAGCGAUUUCAGCAUUCUUCUGCAUGACAUCUCCACUGAGUCUGCAGGCACUUAUUAUUGUGUAAAGUUUCAGAGGCAACCCAGCAGGCAAUACCAAUCUGGACAGGGCACCAGGCUCAGAGUGAAAGCAAAGCGCACCUCUCCCAAAGAGUCAGAAUUCACCAGUGAACGUGUAGUCAAGAUGUCUCCAUCAGGCCUCCUGUCCAUGCUCACACUUGUGGUCCUGGGGCUGAAGACAGUGACCUUGGCUGUACUUCUGCUGGUCCUGGUUGCCCGCCGGAGGAGCCCUUGACAAGAAGAUGUCAAAACUUCAGGCCCAGCAGAGCUGUGCUCAUCUUAGCAUGGGGUGUUGGAUGAGGGGUCAGCCCCAGAGUGGAUCCUCUGAGUCAGAGAGGGCUCAGGGCUCCCCAGCCACUUCUCUGUCUCCAGUUCCAACCUCUAGAUGCCCCCAGACCACGUGACGAACUCCGGGAUCACUACACCUGAUUUCAGUUCACUUGGUGUAAUUCCCCAUUGGGUGCUGGGCUCCCCUCUGAUGUGCCUUCCUCUCUCUUCUCAGCCUGUUCAAGCCCUCUUUGUCCUUCAAGGCCUUGCCCAGGUCUCUCUCAAGGCCCCUGUCCCUGCUGCAGCCCCUUCUGGAGUGCCCACCCCCUUGCUCUCUGCUCCAUAUUUUCUCAUUCUUCAAGAUCCAACUUGGAGUCCUUCCCAAAAGGUUUCCCUGAGCGUCUCUGAGCUUGCCCAGCCAGACCACCUGUGCCCCUCCAUCCACAUCCUUCUCUCCUCUUUUCCUGCCUUCUUUUCUUCCCUGCUGUGGCUGGCCUGGGUGGCUGUAAUAGUUAGAAUACAGAGUUGACAACUUUAACAAAACUGUUAAGUAACAGUGGGUCAAACAGUGACUCGAGAAAGUUGGUUUCGGUAGUAAUUUUCAAGCAUAAGAAAGCCAGGCAAUUAGGGGGAACCCUGGUAUUGAGACCCAGGAUUCUUUGAUCUUGUUGCUACCAGGUCCACAUCCCAGGCAGAAAGACCAGGGAAGGAGGCAGUACAGGGGAGCAUGACAUUUUCUUCCAAGGGCAAAGUUAGAAAUUUGCCUGCAUUAUAUGUAAUUGGCUGGAAUGUUGUCACAUGGUCACACCUAGCUGCAAGAAGGCUGGGAAAUGUAGUCUUUAUUCUGGCAAGAGUGUGCCCAGCUGAAAUCUGUCACUGAACCAGAGAGUUAAUAUCAAUAGAUAACCAGUGACGUCCACCUCCGUGGCAUAGAGGCAGCUUCUUCCUUGUUCCAUGGGACACCUGAGUUCAGUUCCGAGCAGAAAUGGCACCUCUUUGUACCACCUCCUCCACUAGGGCAGCAUGAUGAAGGGGAGUAGUUCUCAGGAAAAGGAUAUCUUUCUCCCCAGGGGAUAUAUGACAAUGGCUAGAGACAUUUUUGGUUGUCACAACUUGGGGGGGGCACUGUUGCCAUCUAGUGGGUGGAGGUCCAAAAUGCUGCUGAAUAUCCUAUAAUGCACAGGGCAGACCCCACAACCAAAAAGUUACCUGGCCCAAAGUAUCAGUAGUACUGAGGUUGAGAAGCUCUGGUGUAGGUGAAGCAGGCAUGCCCUGGAGUCAGACACGUCUGAUUUCUAAUCUUGAUGCUCCUACUCCCUCCCUGUGUGCCAUUAGUAACAAAUCAGUCAUUGCACCUCUUAGAACAUUAGGGAAAAUAAAGUGGACUCUGCAUUGUAUAAGAAAUGAUUCAAUUCAGCAUUGACUGAGGGCUUCCUAGGUGCCGAGUGCUCUGUGUAUGGUCGGUGCACGAGAACUCCCUUUUCUCUUUCCACGCAAACACUUAUUAGCACCUACCAUGUGGGGAAGUGGAGCAGUCUGGAUUUUUUUUGUUAUAACAAACAGGAAAACAGCUUGAACAAAACUAAGCCUAAGGGGCCAUUAAUUUAGUCUCAUGUUUUAUGCCAGUUUCAGUGUAUCUUGAUGACCAGUGUUGUGGGUGGACCAGCCCAUGUUGUUCUUAUUAUGAUUGCAAGAUGCCCUUCAGUGAUAGCCAUCACGGAACUCUGAAAAAAUAGUUUAUUACUUAUAAGACCUGUAAAUUACACAGCACUCCUGGAGGAGGUGAGGCGGGGGCAUGUCACACAGCGAGGUGGUUGACGUGGUCGAGGUCGAGGUCAAAGUUAGGGAGAGAGAGAGGAAUGGAGGGAGGGAGAGAGAGGGAAGAGAAAGCGCGCCUGAGGUUCUGUUUUAUUGGGUUUGGUGGGCUCACUAUUGGUGAAUUUAAAACAUAAAAGCAAGAAUUUAAAGUACAGGAAGAGAGGGGAAGGGUGUAGCUCAGUGGUAGAGUGCAUGCUUAUCAUGCACAGGGUCCUGGGUUCAAUCCCCAGUACCUUCAUUUAAAAAAAAAAAAGCCUAAUUACCUCCCCUCCAAAAGAGAAGAUACAAGUAAGCAAAUAAUAAAUAAAGUUUUUAAAAACAUGACUGUGAAUUACAUCUCAAUAAAGCUGUUUAGAAAAAUAAAAAUAAAGUGCGGAAAGAGAAAAAAAAAAAGUAGCUCAAAUGAUGGGUUAUUGAAAUCAACCAAGAUCGCUAAAACAAAGGAGCCUCAGUUUGGGGAGGAGCCUGACUCCUUAUCUAACGUGAGGCUGGCAAUGUGUUUAUUGGAGAUAAACACACGGAAGGGGAUGCCUCCUUGAAAUGGACACUUCUGGAAUCAAAGCUUAAAUCAGACAGUCGCAUUACAAAAAAGGAAAAAGAAACAACUGUCAGGGUUUACACUGCACUGAGAAUUGAAUAAAUCAUUGGAUUACCAGACAUCAAAAGAAAAGGGUAGAUAUAAUAAAUUGAAUAAUUUGACCCCACAAAAGAUAUCCAAGUCCUAACCCCUGGAACCUGUGAGUGUUUCCUUAUACGGCAAAAAGGACUUUGCAGAUGUGAUUAAGGAUCUUAAAGCGGGGAGGUUGUCCUGAAUUAUCCAGGUGGACCCUAAAUGCAAACACAAGUGUCCUGAUUUGACUAAGAAGAGAAGGAGAAGGCAAUGUGACCACAAAGGCGGAGAUGGGAGUGAUGUGGCCACAAGCUAAAGAAUGCUGACAGCAAGAAUCUGGAAGAAGCAAGGAACAGAUUCCCUCAGUGCCUCCCGAGGGAGGAUGGCCCCCUAGCACCUAAAUUUCAGCCCAGUGAUACUGAUUGUAGACUUUUAGCCUCCAAAGCUACGAGAGAAUAAACUUCUGCUGUUUUAUGUA